AUGCUACAAAAUAAUUAUAAGGCCAUGUACCGUCCGAAUUUUUACGAAAGCACGUGUCUCCGGUGCAACGAAACCGUUUACCAAGUGGACAGAGUGGGACCGUUGAAAGACUUUACGUUUUUCCAUAGUGGAUGUUUUAAGUGCGCCGUUUGCGGUACGAAAUUGACAUUAAAGACUUAUUAUAACAAUCAACACCGGCAAGAGGAUAAGGAAGUUUACUGUAAUAGUCACGUACCCAAAAUCGGUCCAGGACAUUUGGAUGGAUCCUCCGUAGGGAUUCGAUCCGCACUGAACGUUCCGAGGAGUACGAAUUUCGUUAAUGAACAAAUUCGGGGACCUAGCAGAACUAGUGAUGAAGGUGUUAGCAUACGAACCCACGUCAAUGGCACACACAACCAACCACAUUCCCCUACCUACGGUGGUUAUAGUCCGAAUUACUACAACCCAGAGACUUCACCAUCUUACCAAUAUGGCCGAUUUGAUGCCAGCGCCCUUCACAUAGCACACGCACUGAAACAAACAGAGUUACAGAAAUCGUACAAAGUUCACAGGGAGAAACCUAUAGACUGUUAUUUGGAUAGAGAUGAACAGAAAAAGUUAGAAAUGAGACAUCGGAAAGAAGAGGAUGACUUAUUUAGAAAAUUCCAAAGACAACGAGAAGAGGAAGACAAGAGGAUACGGGACGAAUUCAGGGACGAAUGGGAGAAAGAACUGGAAAGGCUGACAACAAAAUUCGAAAGGGAAAUGCAGAUGAAAAGGAAACGUGACGACCAAAAUGUUUUGACAUUACGACACCAACAAGAACGGGAUGAUUUAGAGAAAAACAUGACGCUUAGGAGGGACAAGAAAAAGGAAUCACUUACGAGAAAAAUGUUGGAACAUGAACGGGCAGCAACAGCAGCUCUUGUGGAAAAACAGAGUCACGAAAUGUUGGAACUAAUUAACGAAAAGCGCAGCGAAUACAUGCAAGCGGAAUCUCUCUAUUUGGACCACACUGACGGUUAUGCAGAUGAAGUUCAACCAUAUCCGAGUCAUGCACCUGCUCCUGCACCGCCAGCGCUCAGUAAAUUUCAGGUAUAUAAUGAUCCAAUAGAGUUUGCAAAUGUAGACCAAAUUGCAAUAUCAGUUGCCCAAGAAGACCAAAAAUCCUUUACUGAUUUGGUAAGACAGCUUGUAGGACGAUGUGGAUCUGAUGUAGAAAAAGCAAGGACGAUAUUCAGAUGGAUCACUGUGAAAAACUUAAACACGAUGUCCUUUGACGACAACCUUAGAGGAGAUACACCCAUGGGACUUUUGAGGGGCAUUAAAAAUGGCACAGAAAGCUAUCACGUACUCUUCAAGAGGUUAUGCAGUUACGCGGGUCUUCACUGUGUGGUCAUCAAGGGCUAUUCGAAAUCAGCCGGGUACCAACCAGGUGUCAGGUUCGAGGACAAUAGAUUUAGGAAUUCCUGGAACGCCGUUUACGUAGCUGGAGCAUGGAGAUUCGUACAAUGCAACUGGGGCGCCAGACAUCUAGUCAAUGCUAAAGAAGCACCAAAAGCUGGUAACAAAACCAAAUCCGAUAGUUUGAGGUACGAAUACGACGACCACUACUUCCUUACCGAUCCCAAAGAGUUUAUUUACGAGUUCUUCCCGCUACAAUCUGAUUGGCAAUUGCUCAAGAGUCCUAUCACACUACAAGAAUUCGAGGAACUUCCGUUCGUACGAUCAUUGUUCUUUAGAUACGGACUGUACUUUUCUGAUCCAAAUACAAAAGCAGUUAUGUUUACAGAUUCAACAGGCGCUGCUACUGUUCGGAUUGCUAUGCCAUCGCAUAUGCAAGCAACCCUAAUUUUCCAUUACAAUUUAAAAUUCUAUGACAGCGAAGGUGACUCAUUUGAAGGAGUUUCCCUGAAGAGAUUUGUCAUGCAAUCUGUUGUUGGAAACAUGGUAGCCUUUAGGGUACAUGCACCUUGCAGCGGAGCAUUUCUUCUGGACAUUUUCGCUAAUGCCGUAACCCCCAAAGAGUACCUGACAGGCGAACCAAUGAAAUUCAAAAGCGUAUGUAAAUUCAAAAUAUGCUGUGAAGAUCUGCAGACAGUUAUGGUGCCGUUGCCGGAUUGUGCGAGUGGAGAGUGGGGACCUACCAAGGCUACACGGUUAUUCGGCCUGGUACCCAUUACGCAUCAGGAUUCCCUGGUAUUCGCCGGCCGAGAACUAGAGAUACAAUUCCGAAUGUCAAGACAACUUACCGAUUUCAUGGCAACGUUGCACAAGAACGCCGUUGAAGAGAAACGUCUGUCCAAAUUCGUUUCGCACAGCGUUUCGGAGGACAUAGUAACCUUUAAUAUAAGUUUCCCGGAAGAAGGGCAAUACGGAUUGGAUAUUUAUACGAGAGAAAUGGCGUCCAGUACGGACAUGUUGGGCGAAAAGCAUUUACUAACGCACUGUUGUAAAUAUUUGAUAAAUUCCUCAAAAAGGAAUUGA